UAAUUCGAUUAUGUUAAAUCUUUACGAUACAAAAAUAAUUUUAGAUUAUGAAGUAUUAACAACAUUUUAUUCGGAAAUCAAUGAUGCUGAAUAUGAAAUUAUUCGAAUGAAAAUUGAUUAUUUAAUGAAAAAUUUCACAAAUAAGUGUGAAAUUUGUCCAAAAUCAUUUUCAAAAUGUGAAUAUUUACAAAAGCAUACACUUAAUCAACAUGGAAUUACAAAGAAUGAAAAAAUUGAUAGUUGUUUAAGUGGAACAGAUAAAAUUGAAGGUAAUGAAAAAAAUAAAAUUGAAAGCAUGGUAAUAAAAAUUGAAUCAAAUGUAAUCAAAGAUGACUGUGACUCAAAUGAGUAUGAUGCUGAUGUGAACACGGAGGAUAUUGAAGAUAUCCAUAUUGAUGACAUAGAAGAUAUUCAUGGUGAGGAUAUUGAGGAUAAGUGUGGAACAGAUAAUGAUCUAAAACCAUUGGACACUGAACGUAAUGAAUACAAAUGUAAUAUUUGUAUUGUAACAUUUAAAACAAAUCAAGGCUAUCAAAAUCAUUUAAGAGCACAUCGAAUGGGCAGAAGAAAAAAAAUACAAAUUUAUAAAUGUACAAAAUGUUCGGAACGUUUUAUAACAUCACAAAGAUUAACAUUUCAUAUGAAAAGUAAUCAUAAUGCAAAUAUUGAGGAUAGUAUUGAUGAAAAUGAAAGUAUUUAUAAAUGUACAAAAUGUUCCCGUGUAUUUAAACGUCCACAGGGCUUAUCUAUUCACCUGAAAUCACAUGAAAAUGAUCAAUUCAUUUUAAAAGAUAUGUACACAACAGAUGGUCUAUUACAAUGUUCAGUCUGUUCAAAAACAUAUGCAUCAUACAAAACAUUAAAAAAACAUGCACAAAGUCAUAACAUUGAAGAAAGUGAACAAUUAAAAGAAAAUCAUUUUGAAUGUAAAAAAUGUUCAAAAAAUUUUACAAACUCAGAUGAAUUAAAUGACCAUAAGAAAAUACAUAGCAUGGAAAAAUUUAAUAAACAAUGGUCUUGUGACAUAUGUAAAAAAAAAUUUAGGUAUGAGAAGUCACGUGAUGACCAUGUUAUAGAACAACACAAUGGACGUUUUCGAUCACAUUUAUGUACAAUUUGUGGUAAAUCGUAUAAUAGAAAUCAACAGUUGUUGGGGCAUAUGAAACAGGUUCAUUCUGGUAUAAAACCAUAUUUAUGUAGUGUUUGUGGUAAAGCAUUUUCCACAAAACGAUUUUUGGAAGCUCAUUCAAGAACACAUACUAAAGAAAAACCAUUUAAAUGUGACGAAUGUGGCAAAGGUUUUAUUCAUAAACCAAAUAUGAUUGAACAUAAGCGUAUUCAUAGCGGACUAAAACCACAUGUAUGCACUGAAUGUGGUAAACAAUUUACACAUUUAACUGGUCUCAGGCAACAUUCUGUAUACCAUACUGGAAUUAAAAAAUAUAGUUGCUCUAUUUGUGAUAAAAAAUUUUAUUUUAAAAACAAAUGUGACGAUCAUAUGCGAUUACAUUCUGGUGAACUACCAUACAGUUGUAAAUAUUGUGAUAAAAAAUUUCGAAUUUGUAAUGGUUUAAAGCGGCAUACACGUGCAUGUCGUGGUAUUCGAGAUUUUAAAUGUGAUGUAUGUGAAAAAACAUUUACAGAGAAUUCGCAUUUAAAGCAACAUAUGAAAGUUCAUGAACGAGCGAAAAAUCAAAGUAAUAAGACUGUUGUAUUUUCGAAAGUUGAGGACGUUUCAUUAUUAAGAAGUGCAGGACAAUUGAAACAAUAUACAAUUUAUGAAAGUUUUAUUUCAUAACUACAAUACUUUUGUUUAUCUGCAUGCUUAGCAUGAUAUAGUUUGCAAUACUUCGAUUAAAUUUUAUUUUCCAAUAGGAAAAAAGACAAAUUUUUAGCAUUUAGGAUAGUUUGGCACCUGUAUCUCUAAAACUGCUUUUUUUACGAAUGUGGGAUAAGUCGCAUCUCAAUAGACAGUUGUUUUAAAACAAUAUACUCGGAGAAAUAGACAAUAUUUGAAAUGUCCACCAUAUUUAGUUUAUUAUCUACCCAUUGUCUUCUUCGAAAACUAUUAGUCUGAUUCUACAGGUAUCCCGAAAGCCAGAUAUUUCUACAAUGAAAUAAGUAUGAUAUUCUUUAUCAAUUCGGUACAUCGCUAGAUUUUUCUUGAAAGGUCAAAUGUCUUGAGACACCGAUGAGUAAGUGUGCUACGAUAAAGGUCACUUAUACUAGAAAAUUUGGCCUGUUAAGACAAAUCUAAUGAUAUCUCUAUGAAUAAAACUCAUCCAUUCACUUUGAUGUAAUGUAAUUAUUAACAAAAAAAUGUUUUUUUUAUUUCAGA